AUGAGGGGUUUCUUCUGGCUUUGUGCGGCUGUGCCUGUGUUGUUUCUCGUCAAUGCUUUCUACAACGUGCACCUCCACCCGCUACGGCAUGUUCCUGGACCUUUUUGGGCAAAGGCAAGCGGUAUACCAUCGUGGUAUUACACGGUCACUGGCAAGCGCCAUAUUUGGCUCUGGCAGUUAUUCCAGAUCUAUGGCAAGAGAAUCCGUGUGGCCCCAAAUUUAGUCCUAUUCUGCGACCCGGAGGCCCAUGCGGAUAUCUACGGCAUGAAGUCCAAUGUGCGACGGAGUCCAUUCUACGUGGCAUUGACGAAGGACAUUCGGGAACAAACAACUUUAACCACCAUCGACCCUACGGAACAUGCCAAAAGACGGAAGAUGCUUAAUACCGCCUUCACUGAUAUAUCGGUUCAUACUGCCGCCGCGUUCAUGAGUCAGCAUAUCGAUCGUUGGCACCAAAUUAUGUUGGACGAGCACGACAGCACAACGGAGUGGUCUGCCUCCAUGGACCUAAGCAAAAACAUAGAUCAUCUUGUGUUUGAUAUUAUGGGUGAUCUUAGCUUCGGGAGAUCGUUCAAUACCAAAGAGCCCGGUGACAACCCUCUGAAGGAAGUACCGUACAACACUAUCAAAUACCUCAAGUUUUUUUACCCGAUAUGUCGCUCUCCUUUGCUAAGCUUGAUUCUUUGGCUUAAGCCUCGCGGCCUAGAUCGACUCAUCGCGCUUGUCACCCCACCAUCUGUUCAACAAUUUGAUAAGUUUGUCCACGACAGUCUUGCCCAACGGCUUGAAUUAUAUAAGAAGCAGAAGGAUAUUCCUGAGAAUGAGCGCCGUCAGGACAUGUUCUAUUUCUUAUGUCAAGCUCGAGGUUCCAGCGAAGGUCACGCAGCGUAUACCGAAGACGAGCUCCGCGCAGAGGCUCUUCUACUUAUUAUCGCUGGGUCUGACACUACGACUGCUAGCCUCGCAAGUAUUUUCUGGUACCUUGUAAGAGCCCCGAGAUCUUAUCAGAAGCUUGUCAAUGAGUUGCAAAGAACAUUCAGGACAGCAGAAGAUGCCACCUACGGCCCGAAGCUAACGUUUUGCACGUAUCUUCGGGCUUGUAUUGAUGAAGGCAUGCGUCUUGUUCCCCCUGGGCCCUGCGAACCUCCCCGAGAGAUCCUUUCAGGUGGUCUCAAGAUCAUGAAUAACCACUAUCCUAAGGGAACCAUAGUUGGCACAGCUCCCUGGUGCGACUCCCGCAACGAGGAGGUCUACGGAGAUCCAGGCAUUUUUCGACCUGAACGCUGGAUCGUCGAUGAGGCUGCGGGAGUAACCAAGGAGAUGGUAGCCGACAUUCGCACUAAUUUUCACCCUUUUCUGACUGGCCCCGGUAGCUGUGCUGGAAAAAAUAUCGCAAUGGCAGAGAUAAUGCUUGUAGUCGCCAAAACACUGCUUAUUUUCGAUAUAAGAAAAGCACCUGGGUCGACCUUGGGGGAAGGUAGCCCUGAACUAGGCUGGGGAGAAAGAGAUAAAAAGCAAAUCCAGGUCGUAGAUGCAUACGUCUCAGUAAAGCAAGGCCCAGAAGUUCAAUACAGGAAGAGGGCGUCUCCUAAGGCAGAAUCCGGUUGA